UGCCCAGUGAUAAGUUGCAGAACUUAAUGUGUCAUUGCAGAAAGAUUAAAAAAAGUAGGCGGCCAUAAAAUAAAUUGCACCCUGUAGUUUAAACAAUAGUUUGACAGCCGCUUUAUUUUCCAGUGACGAUGAAGCGGAGCACCACCCAGAUUCUGGCCAGGCUGAGGGAGCUGAUGUUGCGGGCCCAGCCGGGCGAUUCCGGCUGCAUAGCGGCGUACAUAGUGCCCUCGGAUGACGCCCACCAGUCGGAGUACCAGUGCCAGCAUGACGAGCGGCGCUCCUUUGUCAGCGGAUUCGAUGGAUCCGCGGGCACGGCGGUGGUUACCACCGAUUCCGCCCUGCUCUGGACCGACGGACGGUACUAUCAGCAGGCGGAGAAGCAGUUGGACUCCAAUUGGGUGCUCAUGAAGGACGGGCUGACCACCACGCCCUCGAUUGGCGCCUGGCUGGCCAAGAAUCUGCCCCGGGGCAGCUCAGUGGGCGUGGAUCCACGGCUGCUCUCGUUCCGCGUCUGGAAACCCAUCGAAACGGAGCUCAACGCCGCCGAAUGCCAACUGGUGCCCAUUGAGAGGAACCUCAUCGACGAGGUCUGGGGUGCGGAUCAGCCGGCGCAGACUUCCAACCCGAUUAUCACCCUGAAACUGGAGCAUUCCGGCGUGACCAUCGCCAAGAAGUGGGAGGUGGUGCGCAAGCAGCUCAAGGACAAGAAUGUGGAUGCACUGGUGGUCAGUGCGCUCGACGAAAUCGCUUGGUUCUUGAACCUUCGCGGCUCCGAUAUCGACUUUAACCCCGUGUUCUUCGCCUACUUGAUUGUGACCAGCGAUGAGCUACUGCUCUGUGUGGACUCCAGCAAACUACCCUCGGACUUUGCCCAGCAUCAAACGGAGAACAAUGUGAGGAUCACCAUUCUGCCCUACGCCUCGAUUGGCUUGGAAAUCAGCAAGAUUGUGUCGACCAAGGAGUCGAAGAUCUGGAUUGCGCCGACCAGCAGCUACUAUCUAACUGCCCUGAUACCCAAGUCACGUCGCUUCCAGGAGGUCACGCCCGUCUGCGUGCUAAAGGCCAUUAAAAACGACGUGGAGAUCGAGGGCUUUGUCAACAGCCACAUUCGCGAUGGCGUUGCUCUGUGCCAGUACUUCGCCUGGCUGGAGGAUCAGGUGAAGAGAGGUGUGCAAGUGGACGAGAUGUCUGGUUCCGAUAAGCUGGAAUCCUUCCGUGCCUCGAAGGACAAGUACAUGGGCCUAAGCUUCACCACAAUCAGUGCUUCAGGGCCGAAUGGCUCUGUUAUCCACUAUCACCCGAAGGAGGAGACCAACAGGAAGAUCAACGACACGGAAAUCUAUCUGUGCGAUUCGGGGGCUCAGUAUUUGGACGGCACCACGGAUGUGACGAGGACCCUGCACUUUGGCGAACCCACCGACUUCCAGCGGGAAGCCUACACUCGUGUGUUGAAGGGCCAACUGAGCUUUGGCUCCACCGUCUUCCCGGCCAAGGUCAAGGGUCAGGUGCUGGACACCCUGGCGAGGAAGGCCCUUUGGGACGUGGGUCUGGACUACGGCCAUGGCACUGGCCACGGAGUGGGUCACUUCCUGAACGUUCACGAAGGUCCCAUGGGCGUGGGAAUUCGCCUGAUGCCCGACGAUCCCGGUCUCCAGGCAAACAUGUUCAUUUCCAAUGAGCCUGGCUUCUACCAGGAUGGCGAAUUUGGCAUUCGUGUCGAGGAUAUUGUUCAAAUCGUGCCCGCCGCCCAUGUGGCUCACAAUUUUGCCAACCGUGGCGCCCUGACUUUCAAGACAAUCACCAUGUGCCCGAAGCAAACUAAAAUGAUCAAAAAGGAGCUGCUAUCGGAGGUGGAAGUGAAGCUGCUCAACAGCUACCAUCAGCAAGUCUGGGAGACGCUGUCACCGAUCUUGUCGCGCGAAGGAGACGAGUUUACUCUAGCCUGGCUCAAGAAGGAAGUUCAGCCAAUUUAAUUGCUUCCUUAACCCGUUCUUAUCCAAUUAUGCUGUCAAAAUACUCUUUUCUUGAGACUACUGCACUAUUACAACUGCUUUUACAUAUCUUAUUUGUGCGGAGACAAUCAGUCUGACUGAUUACUUUCUACCUUAAAAUAUUAAUUAAUAAACGCAUUUGAAACUCA